AUGAUUGCGACGUACAAGAUUCUUGUGUAUAUAGGCAAGGUAGAUACAAAGGAUCUAUUUAUCAGUUUAGUACACCCUGUCGAACAAGGCCGGUUAAGCACCGGAUAUAGCCGGUUAAGCACCGGAUAUGGCCAGUUAAGCUCCGGAUAUAGCUGGUUAAGCACUGGUUAUGGCCGGUUAAGCACCGGAUAUGGCCGGUUAAGCACCGGAUAUGGCCAGUUAAGCUCCGGAUAUAGCUGGUUAAGCACUGGUUAUGGCCGGUUAAGCACCGGAUAUGGCCGGUUAAGCACCGGAUAUGGCCGGUUAAGCACCGGAUAUGGCCGGUUAAGCUCCGGAUAUGGCCAGUUAAGCUCCGGAUAUAGCUGGUUAAGCACUGGUUAUGGCCGGUUAAGCACCGGAUAUGGCCGGUUAAGCACCGGAUAUGGCCGGUUAAGCACCGGAUAUGGCCGGUUAAGCACCGGAUAUGGCCGGUUAAGCUCCAAGUAUGGCCGGUUAAGCUCCGGAUAUAGCCGGUUAAGCACUGGUUAUGGCCGGUUAAGCUCCAAGUAUGGCCGGUUAAGCUCCGGAUAUAGCCGGUUAAGCACUGGUUAUGGCCGGUUAAGCACCGGAUAUGGCCGGUUAAGCUCCGGAUAUGGCCAGUUAAGCUCCGGAUAUAGCUGGUUAAGCACUGGUUAUGGCCGGUUAAGCACCGGAUAUGGCCGGUUAAGCACCGGAUAUGGCCGGUUAAGCACCGGAUAUGGCCGGUUAAGCUCCGGAUAUGGCCGGUUAAGCUCCGGAUAUAGCCGGUUAAGCACUGGUUAUGGCCGGUUAAGCUCCGGACAUGAUCGACAAGGUUCGCUGAACAAGAGGCCGUUGAAGAAAGCACGUGAACCUUGA